CUUUCACACCUUUUGGGAUGCCAUUUCAAUAAAAGAAAGGCGACCUUAGCCUUUUCGGAGCUUUGAAGGACAAUUUGAAUCAAAUUCAUUAUUGAUUCGGUUGGUUUAAAGAGUUUUAAUGCGCCCGUAAAGUUUGGGAUCAGACACACCCGGCGCUGUCUGUCUGACGGAGCAGCGGACAGUCCCAGGAGUGGAAAUGUGUCUCACUUGUGUGUUUUAUUCGUCCUAAACUCAGACUGGAGUCUCGUUCGGUUUGGUUUUGAACUGCUGGAUUCGGGUGGAGAGUGGGGAUUGUCACUGGUGGAACUACAGGAUGCUUCAACACUUAAACUCACACAAUGUGCCACCAGAGGGACAGCGGAUCUGUCUGACAAGUUCGCUUGAUUUCUUCUUUUAACUCCCGAAAAACCUCUUUAAAAGGCGCGAUGAUUUUAGUAACUUUUGUUAUCAUACUGUCCUUCCCGGACUCCGUGUUCACCUUGAGGGGUGACAGCACCUCUCCCUUCCGCUCCCCCCGUCUGGACUGCGUGAAGGCCAGUGAACAAUGUCUGAAGGAAUACAGCUGCAGCACCAAGUACCGGACCAUGAGGCAGUGCGUGGCCGGAAGGGAGAGCAACUUCAGCGCGGUGACCGGCGCCGAGGCGCAGGGCGAGUGCCGCAGCGCCAUAGACGCCAUGAAGCAGAGUCCGCUGUAUGACUGCAGGUGUAGGAGAGGCAUGAAGAAGGAGAAGAACUGCCUGAGAAUCUUCUGGAGCAUAUUUCAGAGUUUACAGGCUAAUGAUCUGAUGGAAUACUCUCCAUAUGAACCAGUCAACAGUCGCCUCUCAGAUAUCUUCCGCCUGGCCCCCAUCAUAGCUGCUGAACCUGCAUCAACAAAGGAGAACAACUGCCUGAGUGCCGCCAAGGCGUGUAACCUGAAUGACACGUGUAAGAAGUACCGCUCAGCUUACAUCAACCCCUGUACCAGCAGGGUGUCUGCCUCUGAGGUUUGCAACAAGCGAAAGUGCCACAAAGCUUUGCGACAGUUCUUUGACAAGGUUCCAACCAAAUACAGCUACGGCAUGCUCUUCUGCUCCUGUCCAGUGGGAGAUCAGACAGCAUGUGCAGAGCGGAGACGACAAACAAUCGUACCCCUCUGCUCCUACGAGGAUAAAGACAAACCCAACUGUCUGUCUCUUCAAAACACAUGCAAGACCAACUACAUCUGCAGGUCAAGGCUGGCAGACUUCAUCAGCACCUGUCAGCCUGAAGCUCGCUCCAUAUCCGGCUGUCUGAGGGAGAACUAUGCCGACUGUCUGCUCUCUUACUCGGGUCUUAUUGGUACAGUGAUGACGCCAAACUAUGUGCGAUCAAAUGGUAUUAGCCUGUCACCAUGGUGCGACUGCAGCAGCAGCGGGAACAGCAAGACGGACUGUGAAAGAUUUUCUGAGUUUUUCACCAACAAUCGAUGCCUACGCAAUGCAAUCCAGGCUUUUGGUAAUGGUACCGAUGUUGGUGUGUGGCAACCACAACCCCCAAUCCAGCCGACUUUACCGGAGCCAGACAUCACUCGGAGGGGGAAAGACCGGACCAGUAAUGGACUGGACUCACUGACAGAUGUGACCAAACUGGAUCUACAUGGAGACUCAGUCUAUAACAUCUGUGGGACCUUACAGGCUCAAAAACUGGUGUCAAAUGUAACCGUGGAUACUUCUCUUUGUGUGAACCAUCAGCUGGAUCAAUCUUUAGACUCCAAUGCCAUCGCUCGAAGCUCAGCAGCCAAACCUCUCUGCCUCCAACCCUCCAGAUUCGUGUCACUGGCCUUUGCUUUAGCACCAAUGGUAUCACAUCUUGAAGGUUUUCAGCUUUUGUAGGAUCUGAGACUCUGAUUUCCUGAAGUGACUCUACUCAUUUUAAUUUUGCCAAAGUGUGACAUUCUUUUUGAAAUGGAAAUAAGACAGAGAGGGCAAUGAGAGAAAAUCAAAGACAACAGUGGAUUUAAUCUGAGGAGUUCAUAUUGACUAGAAACAGACCUGCUGGAGCUGUCUCUGCGAUAGCUGCUCAUUUGCCUUCAAUGCCUUCAAGAGCCACACCGGGAGUUAAAACCUUUGAUCUGAUAACUCUCUGAAUAAAGUCACGUCUUUGGAAUGAGUUAUCAUGCACAUUUCAACAAACGGACUGCCAAUGUGCCAUAUGGCAUUUGAAGGAUACAGCAGAUCAUAAUCUGCCUAACAAACUUACUUUAGUUCAACAAACAGAAAACUAAGUGUUGAUCUAAAAAGUGUUGCUCUAUAAAAUGUGCUACAAUUCUCAGAAGUAGAUGAUAGGAUUCAUAACACAUCACUGAAGCGCAUAACAUUUUGUCAGAUUAUCUUAAAAGGAAAAAGACAUGUCAGUCACUACAAAGUAACAGUAAAAUAACAUGUUCCGUGAUAGGUAUAGCUCAGUUUUGUAGAUAUUUGAUUGUUAUGCUGGUCGUGGUUUUAUCACAUCACCUCCAAGAGAACAUUUUGUACAUAAGAUACAUUAAAUGAUGUGAAGCUACCGUUAGCUUGUAACAUAUUGUCUGUAAUGUUUUUGAAAGUCUAUGUUAGUAUUCAGUGACUGAAUUCUGUCAGUCUUAACUCAGCGUAGCUAUGAUUUGUAAAAUGUGCUAGGGCAUGGUUCCUGUGGUUACAGGUAUGAUGAUAUUGUGUGAUUUUGUUUUGAUUGCAAUGGAUGAUGCCAUUUUAAAGCAGUAUUUUCUUGGGAAAUAACGCUGUUUGUGGAGCAACAACUUGUGGAAUUAACAGAAAUAUCUGUCAUGGAGAAAAGAACUUUUUCCAUUCUUCUGUUCCAAUAUUGCUGUGUUUUGAUAGUUUGAUUCCGGUCUUUGAGACUCCCCCUAUAUAAUUUUCUUGUGUGACUUUGUUUUGUCUCAGGAAAGCAAAAGAAAAGGGGUUUGGUAAAAAGAAGAAUGUGUACAUACCAAGUAGAGGAGCUGUCAAAAGACAAAAGUCGGUAGACAUUAAUUGCUAGAAGCAUCUUAAAUGGAAGAAAAGAAUGAAAACACUUUAUAAGUUAAAAAUGCCAACUAUUAUUAAAUUACAAAAGACAAUGAAAGAAUGUAUGACAUUAUGACAGCCUGUAAUGGAACAUCAAUGCCAUUUUUUAAAGGUGUUUAAAGUGUCUGUUAAGAUCACAAAUGUCUAGACAUUGAAACUGAAGUUGUAAUGAUGCACUUCUUCAUAACUUGUGUAUCAGAUUUGUUUUAGUUGUUAUGAAAGGGUCAAGAAGUUGGAAAAAUACAAUCUUAGUGUUUAUCUAGAUUUAAAAAAAAACUGGCGUAAACUUCAAGACUAUUGUGCAGCAGACAGCUUUUAUGUGCAAGUAACCAUAAAAACACUUUCAAAUUUGGACAUCUGUUCAAUGUUUG